UUUUGUAUUUGUUUCAUAUUUAAAGAACGAUGCAACCUUUGGAAUACACCGCGUCUCCCAUCUUCCCACGAACAAACCCCACCGACCCGAUUUAUCUGGAUUACAACGCUACGACACCUGUGGACCCGGAAGUCGCGAAAGCCAUGUGGCCCUACAUGACGCAGUUCUUCGGGAAUCCUUCGUCGAACCAUGUUUAUGGAAGAUUGGCGAAGGAGGGAGUGGAGAAGGCGAGGGAAAGCAUUGGACAAAUGAUUAAUGCGGAGCCGAGCGAGAUUCUGUUUUUGUCGGGAGGAACGUUCUGAAUCUAUCAAUCAAGCCCUUAUUGGGGGUGUGCGCGCGCUCAACGAUAGUCGAAGAACGAUCAUUGCUUCCUGUUUUGAGCAUCCUGCCGUCAACGAAACUCUUGCCUUCUUGGAAAAAGAGUACGGUUUCAAGAUCGAGUAUCUUCGUGUCAACAAGUACGGAUUUGUCGACGUGGAUCAGCUCGACCUUCUCCUGACUCCAGACGUCGCCAUGGUCACGUGCAUGCUCGCCAACAAUGAGAUCGGCUCCAUCCAGCCAAUCGCCUCUCUGGUGGAGCGAGUUCGUUCCUUCGAGAGUUCUGCGCAGGGCAACGGUCCGAUUUUGUUCCACUGUGACGCGAGCCAAGCUGGCGGGAAAAUGAAAAUCGACACGAAAAAACUGGGCGUGGACUACAUGACGAUGGCAGGCCACAAAAUUUAUGCUACGAAGGGCGUGGGAAUUUUGUACAUUCGAAAGAAUUCGAUCACUCCCGCCAAAAUUAUUCAUGGCGCGAAUCAGGAAGGAAACCGUCGCGCCGGAACCGAAAAUGUAAUUCUCUGUGUGGGCAUGGGGAAGGCCGCAGAGCUCAUCGUAGAGACAGAGAAAACGCGUGAGGGGUAG